AUGCAUCUUCACCCGCUCUUCUACCUCGCUGGAAUUGCAUCCGCCAUGCCAGCACUGGGCGGCCUCGAGCAGCUCCGACGCGACGCCUGCCCCAGAGACCUGCCGCCUCUCCCCGGCUUCGAGUUCCCUCAUCUCAUUGUCCCCAUCUCGAAGGCUCAGCCAGAUGUCGCCAAUCCCAACAGUUUCUCGCCCUCCAUCACAGCCAACGAUAUCGCCACUGUGUUCAAUUUCGAUAUUGUGCGCGACAAUCAAGACUGCGAGCUAGGCUUCUAUUUUCCCCGCCUGGAGCAACUCAACAUGUCGUCCUUCAGCUUCUCGGGCACAGGAACGUUCACCACCAGCAUCAAUCAGCCGGGUACCGGAGCGCAAGACGGCGUUACGACAUGGAACAAUCAACCUGCGGCGGGACCUUAUGCUGAAUUUCCCAAGACUAUUACCAUGAGUCCAGGCAACUAUUAUAGUCUGUGGAUAGGAGCUUGUCCCGUGGGGCUCUGGAGCAUCACGGUCACGAGUCCAGACACCUUGUUCCAGUGGUUCCAGUCCUAUGCCUCAUGCCCUAUUGGUCCUUAUGUCACGUACAGUGGAUAA